ACCUCCACGUUUGGUAUUAUUCCUUCCGCCCGCUCGCUGCUCCCCACGAAAAUCCUCGAAUCCUCCGAGAGCCCCCAACCCCAAGGGCGGCAGAGGAGGCGUGAGGGGCUAGAGUCCCGUCCGUACGAUUGCCGCCCGCCGCCGGUUCGCCGCCCCGUUCGCUGGCUUCUCGCGGCUGGAGCGCGGUUCCUCCUGGUGAGUUUUGCGGUCGUUUCUGCAGGCUUUUCGUUUGCGGGGGGGAGAUCGGUGGCUUUCUGGUGCGGGGGGCGUGUGGGCUUCUAGAGAAUCGGUUCCCGUGGUGCACGAGUGCUCUUGGGGCAGGAUUUCUGGGUGGUGUUGCUGCGAUGCGCUGAUCCAGCUUUGCUUUCCUCACGAGCUACUGAAUAUCUUCGCCUGCUUGAUUGAAACGCCCCUCUCCAAACCCCUCUCGUUGGAUCACCCGAUCCCGCCACCGGAGGCGAUGGCGGCGGCGCCGGCGGUAAGGUUUCCGGUCUUCGGCAUCGUGCGGCUGCUGGGCUUGGCCGCCGCGGCGGGCAUCCUCUUCUGGGCCGUCCACUACCGCGGCGGCAUGGCCCUGUCCACCGACGAGGAGAGCAAGCUCCCGAUUUUCAACAUUCACCCUGUGCUGAUGCUGAUUGGUUUGGUAGCCUUGAAUGGUGAAGCUCUUUUAGCCUACAAAACCGUGCCAGGAACCAAGAAAUUGAAAAAGCUAGUGCACCUUGCCCUGCAGUUCCUUUCCAUGUUUUUGUGUCUAAUUGGUCUCUGGGCUGUCUGGAAGUUCCAUGAUGAAAGAAAAAUUGAUCACUUAUAUACACUUCACUCAUGGUUGGGUCUCACUUGCAUCAUCUUCUUCAGCUUGCAGUGGGCUACUGGAUUUUGGACCUUUUGGUACCCUGGUGGAUCAAGAAGUGGCCGUGCAUCUCUCCUUCCCUGGCAUGUCUUCUUCGGUAUAUUCAUCUAUGUUCUUGCUAUCGUCACAAGUGUGAGUGGACUCCUAGAGAAGUCAAUCUUUAUGCAGAGCGCCAAAAUGAUUGGGCGCUUCUCCACAGAAGCCAUGUUUAUGAACUCGCUGGGAAUGCUGCUGCUGAUACUGGGCACCCUUGUUAUUCUUGCAAUUGUUAGUCCUGGACCUGGUAAGAUUGACACAUACCGAGGCUCUUCAGAGUAAGAGGAAGUGGUUACUGUGCAGUUUCCUGAGCUGCAAUUUUUGCCAGUCACUGAGCAUUGUAUGUACGUGUCGUUGUACCCAGAAUUGUGAUUUCGGUCCUCUGACAUGGAUAGUCAGUGCUGAGGAUAACUUUGUUCCUGUAACGAGGUUCACUUCAUUCCAGUAGCAUAUUUGUGGAUCAAGCUGACAGAAAUUACAGCCCAGACUUUUCUGUAGACCAAGACUCCAAUACACUUCGGUUUUAUACAUUGCAAUAUAGGAUGUAAUAACUAGAGCCUUUGUUUUGGAUGAUCAGAGAUUACAUUUACCUCAGUUUUAAUUGGAAGAUCAUGAUUGCACCCUUGAUA